CGACGUCAAGCAAUCAAUAAUCAGGGUAGUGCUACGUCGACAGCAGACAUCAACAAACCGCUAUAAAAUGUUGCCGAUAUUAUUAUUCCUCCUCGCUUUACGUGGAUUAAAUUGUGAACCUGAAACGGUCAGGGAAAACUUCGACUACUUCAGUUACGGGCCUGAAGAUGAUCUUUUGAAGAGUUUAAAUUUACACUUGCCUAAGGAGGAAAUAGUGCUAAGGCCGCAAGAAGUGAAGGACUGGCCGCAACAGUCUCUGAACGUGGGUCAGAUUACGGCUGUUUCUAUCAACUCUUUGGGACAGCCGAUCAUUUUCCAUAGAGCUGAAAGAAUAUGGGACGAAAGUACAUUCAACGAGUCAAAUGUAUAUCAGAACCUGGACAAAGGACCGAUAGUAGAGGACACUAUCCUAGUUCUGGACCCACAUACCGGCUCCGUACUACACAGCUGGGGCGCCAAUGCGUUUUACAUGCCGCACGGGCUUACCGUCGACCAUCACGACAACGUUUGGGUCACGGAUGUGGCUAAACAUCAAGUUUUUAAGUACACCCCGCUGAACCACAAAUACCCCACCCUGACGAUCGGCGAAGCUUUCACAGCAGGCUACCCCUACCGCCGCCGAGUUCUCCUCUGCAUGCCCACAUCAGUCGCCGUCGCCACUACAGGCGAAAUCUUCGUCGCCGACGGCUAUUGUAACAACCAGAUCCUCAAAUUCAACGCAGCAGGAAAACUCCUACUAGAAAUCCCCAUGUAUUCCGACACGCUUACCUUAAAUCUUCCCCACAGUAUUACUCUGUUGGAACAUCUUGAUAUGGUCUGUGUCGCUGAUAGAGAGAAUAUGAGGAUCGUCUGCCCGAAAGCUGGAUUGAAGAGCUACAUCAAAAUGUUGGACCCAGCUACGAUUAUUGAAGAUCCGACUUUAGGGAGAGUUUUCGCUGUCGCGUCGCAUGGAGAUACGAUUUACGCUGUGAAUGGACCGACGUCACAGAAUAUUGCUGUGAGAGGAUUUACCGUGAACGCUAUGACUGGGAAUAUUUUGGAUACUUGGGAACCUACUGCGGGAUUCACCAACCCCCACUCUCUUGCCGUGACCAGAAACGGAUCCCAUCUCUACGUCACGGAAAUCGGACCCAACAAAAUAUGGAAAUUUGAGUUGACCGACGUAUACGACAAGUAGGAAAAUUACGUUGAACAUAGUGCUUUGCAACACACUUCGUUGCUGACAUGUUCGUGUUGCAGCGGCAAAUUUUUGCGCAAAUAGCUUGAAGUGUGUUGCAGGCAUUAGGUACAUUAUUUAAAGAAAUGCAUAUACCCAGAAUGUAAUGAAAAGCGCGAAUAAGAUUCGCUUAUUAACUUAAGUGAGAUGGUAUAAAUAAGAUAUAAUUGAGUGCGUUAAGACAGAUGGGGAUCUAGGUAAUAUUUUUAAUUUGUUAAGCUAUUCCUUACAGCCCUUACAGGAAACUAAAAGCUACGAAACUCCAAAAAGUACCUACGGUACGGCUAUUUAGUUCCUAAAACUCCCAUUUAUCAGUAUUAUAUAACUGUUACUAAAUAGAAUAUAACGCUUGGAUCUUUAACUUCUUGUAGUGUUAUUGUGUUGGAAAUAUCCUGCCAUAUGCCUAGAUAGCCACCGUUAUUUGUAGAAGAUAUAUCGCGUUUGAACUAGGUUCGACGUUAUGCGCACAGAGUUCGAUAUAUUUAGACAUGACUAAGAGUAUUUUAUAAAGUCUUCGCAUAGGUUAAGCUACAUAUAAGGUUCCUUGGGAACAUUUCUUUUUCACAACUAUAGCCUCUUUACCUUUCCCUGUAGUUUCUGUACCCUUUCUAUAGCAUAUUUCUUCUAAAUCUAGGAAUCAGUUAGAAAUAAGCUUACAACAGAAAAAUAGUCAAAGAAAAAAAUAUGCUGAAAAGAGAAAAAAUACUCAACAAUGUACAGAGCUAUAUAAACAGGUGCUAUAAAUUUGUUAUUAAAAUUAUUCUCCAGAUUAUUAUCCAUAAAUGUUUCAGAGUUAUAGUAAACGCAUUGUUUGUGAGCCUUGCUUUCUAAAACCAAAAUAGUUAUGAGGUAACGAGUAUAUGUUGUGGGAUGAAAAAACUUGGUUUGAAAAUUAAGGGCUGAUGCAACUGUUCGGACAAGAGAUAAUCUCUUUUAGAACUACACGUAAUAUUUACAGAUUAAAAACAACAAAUGUAUCUUCAUGUACAUAAGUACCUACACGACAACUGGGCUAUAGAACGUCAAUUAUUGGUUGCAAGAAGUACUUAAAAUUAAAAACUAAGUACGUAAAACUUUGUACUUGUAUACUAACACACAGGGAGAGAAGAUUGGGUUAACCUUUUGACCGCCACAGACGGCUGUUGCCGCCAUCGGAAAGUCUUGCCACGGACGCCAACGACGGCUAUAGACGUCAGCUUGGCCAAUGCAAUAGGGACUUACGCAGGACUCCGUAAAGUUCAAUUUCGCUUAAAUAAUGGCGAUCGCCUGGCGUCCGGGGUACGGCAUAUUCCUUCGCCGUCUGGCGUUCAAAGGUCAAAUAUCAUAAUUAUGAAGAAUCUAAGGGAAAACGAAGUUCAUUCAUUCUUAGACUUCACACCUCUUCUACAAUCAAUAAUUCUAUGGUAUCUAUGUGCUAAUAGCGCAUUGGAUUGAAAAAAAGUCAAUUAAUCUCUUAACCCAUUUACCCCAAUGACGUCAAAGAUACGCGCGUGGUUAUAGCCCAAUAUCAACCUUCGCGCAUUCCGAUAAUGUUUACGACGACGCGUCGCACACGAUAGGCGUGACGUUCAAAGGGUUAAUAUCAUAGUAAAACGGAUUGUCAUCGUUUAUCCCCUGGCCGCGUAGCCAACGUGCCAAUCGUUAACGCUCCGUAGCCAUCUCUAUCACUCUUCCAUAUUAGUGCGACGGUGACAGUUGCGUUUAGUUCGCUACGGUGCGUAAACGAUUGCACGCUGGCUCCGCACUCUGGACUCCAUAUUGGCCUUGGCUUCGACUAGGUGUCAAGGUAUAUAGGUUGGUAUAUCAAAUCCCUAGUCGAGUCAAGGUCUUUAAUUAAUUGAGUUUUCCCCUAUCGAGUAUUUGCAAGUGCGUCGUAACCACGCAAACUUGACAUCCAAAGUGACCAAAGCCCAUUUUGAUUCACAAGCGAAUAUAGUACUAACUAAUAUAAGCUUAAAGGUUGAAAUGGCGUAAACUUGCCAGUGCCAGGCCAUAGUUUUGUACCUACUGGGGUUCUACCGCGAAAAACGAAAUCCAACAUAUCGGUAUCUGCCCCUGUAUCGCACGAAUAUGCAAGAGCGAUAGAGAUGUAAUCGCAAUGAGUAAUGACGUAAUCGAAAAUGAGAGUUAGUAUUAGCUCGAUACAAGACCUAGUUCUUAGUAUUAGUUCUUGACUAAACGAAAACCUUUUAUUUUAUAUUUAGACUUGAAAUAAAUCCUUCCCCUCUUUUCUUGGAUUAAAUGUAAAGUACAAUGGACCAAAUCUGGAUUUGGUAUUAUAUUGGUAUAACCACAUUUUCGACAUAUACUUAUAAAAAUCUCAAAGUUCCGUAGGUUUUAAAACAAUGUAAUAAAUUGGGAAAAUGA